AUCUUGUCUCGCUCUAGGAUGGAUCGAUGCCGGUGCUGCCGGGCAACAAGCGGCGACCGAGGCAGCACGUGCAGCCACUGCCCGGCGCGCCGCUUGUCCCCCGGAUCUUGCCUCCCCCUCCCACCACCAAUCACCUCUCGUCGACCUACCCUGCCGCGCGCCGCGCUGUGCUCAUACUCAUAGCUCCCAUCAUCCCCUCGCCCCUUCGCCAUGAUUUAUACUCGCGUGACGCCCACACAACGCCCAUGAUUAGAAGUCGCCCGGCCGCCCGCGCGCUGCCGAGAUCCAUCAGCUCUUAUCCUCAACAUCCUUCCAGCUUCCUGGAGCAGUGCCGCCUUUCAUAUAAACCUUAUAUGGGUUCUUGGGUGCGCACCAUCACAACGCCCUUCAGGAAAGCCUGCACCAUCUUCGGCCCACACAAGGACGGCGGCGGCAAGAAGCAGACGCAGCAGCGGCCAAACUCAGCGGUGGUGCAGCACGUCGACGCCGAGAGGGCCAAGCUCCACGGGGAGGUGAUGGCGUGCGCCUACGACGACGUGCAGGUCAUGUGGUCCAUGCUCGACCAGGCAAGGAUCCGGGAUCUCAGUGCCAGCUCGUGACCUAGCUUCGUGCAUCUAGCUUCGCCUAGAGCCGCGAAAAUGGACUAGUACAUAGCAAAAUAUCCUCUCUCUCUCUCUCUCUCUCUCUCUCUCUCUCCUCCUCACCAAUUAAACGUUCCCAAACCUGCACUCGCUCGCUUUUCUUGUACACGUAGCUGCUUAGAUUUAGCUUUUCUCUUUUAUUUGGAGGUUUUGCAGCUCAGUCAAGUGUUUGAAUCCCCACAGGCACUCUCUUCUCUUCUCUUUGAGCGAGGGGCUUGAUUGGAGAGAUGUACAUUAUUGCCACCUAUUGGAAUCUUGAUUUGUUGCAAUCCUUUCCUUGUCA